AAAAAAAAAAAACUAAGAUGGCGUCUCGUCAAGAAAGAUAGGAUGGCCUGAAGAGAGUGAUGAUGUUGGUCGGAAAAUGACUUAUAACGACAUAAUUGAUAAAGUUUGAGAGCCUCGUUUGCUGUUAAACGAGCCUCUGCCAUCCAUGUUUUUAACCCGUGUGUUUCGACAGGACCGAGUUACAUGGAGAACUGAGAAUUAAUCAAAACAAAAAAAAAAAUAAAAAAAUAGCUCAACUUCGCUAGCAGCGAGAGAGCUAGCCAAACUGGACCGAGCACAGCUGGCCAACGUUAGCUAACCACCAGUCAUCACAACAACAGAGGAGGAAGAGCGGCCACCACAGCCCUAUCAUACCCCCGGGGACAUCGAGGUGUCUUCGGGCAAUGGAAGGGGAGGAGUUCGUGCCUCCUCCGGAGUGUCCAGUAUUUGAGCCGUCAUGGGAGGAAUUUCAGGAUCCCCUGGGCUACAUCGCCAAGAUACGUCCAAUUGCAGAGAAGUCUGGAAUCUGCAAAAUUCGACCUCCACCAGAUUGGCAGCCACCCUUUUCAGUGGAGCUGGAUAGCUUCCGCUUCACACCCCGCAUCCAGAGGCUUAAUGAGUUGGAGGCGGAAACCAGAGUGAAGCUUAAUUAUUUGGACCGUAUUGCCAGGUUUUGGGAGAUCCAGGCAUCCUCCUUGAAAAUCCCACACAUUGAAAGGCGCAUCCUUGAUCUUUUCAGCUUGUCAAAGAUUGUAACAGAUGAAGGAGGUUUUGAGAUGGUCUGUAAGGAACGGCGCUGGGCUCGCGUGGCCCAGAGGCUCGGCUACCCUCCAGGCAAGAACAUUGGUUCUCUGCUGCGCUCGCACUACGAGAGGAUCGUCUACCCCUUUGAAAUGUUCCAGUCUGGUGCCACCCUACCGCAUUGCAAGCCGAAGCACUAUGAUGGCGAGGAUGUGGAUAAAGAGUACAAGCCCCACUCCAUCCCCCUGCGACAGUCUGUGCAGCCACCCAAAAUUAGCAGUUACGGACGCAGGGCGAACCGCUGCCAGCCUGAUGGUCCAGAGGAUCUGGCCCCCCAUCCUCUCACCACUGGCUCUCAACUCAUCUCUGCGCCUGAACCUACAGAGGAAGACAUAGAGAAGAACCCUGAACUGAAGAAGCUACAGAUCUAUGGCGCAGGGCCUAAGAUGAUGGGACUUGGACUGGUAGCAAGGGACAAAGGCAUCAGGAAGAAGGAUGAGCUGCCUCAAACGGUUACCAUCAAGGAGGAGGCUCCUGCUCCUGUUGAUACCUCAGUCAAAGCAGAGCCACUGGAGCCUCAAGAGAGGCAGAGUGACGGGAGUUCAUCCAGCCCUCAACUGCCUCCCCCUAGCGUCACUGUUAAGUCCGAGGUGAAGAAAGAAGAACCAGUGGAAGAGGAUAGGAAAGGGAAUGAUGAUGAUGAGGAGGAAGAUGAUAGAGAUAAACCAUGUACCAAAAUGACCAUGAGGCUUAGGCGCAACAUCAACAACCCACAGUGUGUCGAGUCUUUUGUGUGUCGGAUGUGUGGUCGGGGAGAUGAUGACGAGAAACUCUUGCUGUGUGAUGGCUGUGAUGAUAACUACCACACCUACUGUCUACUACCCCCACUCACUGAUCCUCCCAAGGGCAACUGGCGAUGCCCUAAGUGUGUGGCAGAGGAAUGCAAGAAACCUGCAGAAGCAUUUGGCUUUGAACAGGCUACACGAGAGUAUAGUCUGCAAAGUUUUGGGGAAAUGGCAGACGCCUUCAAAGCAGAUUACUUCAACAUGCCUGUCCAUAUGGUUCCCACUGAGCUUGUGGAGAGAGAAUUCUGGAGGUUAGUCAGUAGUAUUGAGGAAGACGUGACUGUUGAGUACGGAGCGGACAUACACUCCAAAGAGUUUGGCAGUGGCUUCCCGAUGAACAAUGGCAAGAGGAAGCUCACAAAGGAAGAGGAGGAAUAUGCCCGCAGUGGCUGGAACUUGAAUGUGAUGCCCGUACUGGAGCAGUCCCUCCUGUGCCAUAUUAAUGGAGACAUCUCUGGGAUGAAGGUGCCCUGGCUUUAUGUCGGCAUGGUGUUCUCAGCUUUCUGCUGGCACAUUGAGGAUCACUGGAGCUACUCCAUCAACUACCUGCACUGGGGUGAACCCAAGACUUGGUAUGGGGUUCCGUCUGUGGCUGCUGAGCGACUUGAGGAGGUGAUGAAGAAGCUGACGCCAGAGCUGUUUGAGUUUCAACCUGACCUCCUGCACCAGCUUGUCACCAUCAUGAACCCUAAUAUCCUCAUGUCUCAUGGUGUCCCGGUUGUACGUACCAACCAGUGUGCGGGUGAGUUCGUCAUCACCUUCCCCAGAGCCUACCACAGUGGCUUCAAUCAGGGAUAUAACUUUGCUGAAGCUGUUAACUUCUGCACUGCAGACUGGCUGCCAGCCGGCCGUUCCUGUAUUGAGCACUACCGCCGUCUAAGGAGGUAUUGUGUAUUUUCCCAUGAAGAGCUCACCUGUAAAAUGGCUGCCAGUCCAGAGAAACUAGACCUUAACCUGGCUGCAGCGACACACCGGGAAAUGUUCAGUAUUGUUCAGGAGGAGAGGAAGCUGCGCAAGGGUCUAAUGGAAAGGGGUAUUACUGAAGCAGAGCGUGAGGCUUUUGAGCUGCUGCCUGACGAUGAGAGACAGUGCGAUAAAUGUAAGACCACAUGCUUCCUUUCUGCUCUGGCCUGCUCAAACUGUCCCGAGCGUCUGGUGUGUCUCUAUCACACUCAGGAUCUGUGCAACUGCCCCACUGAAAAACUCUACCUCAGGUACAGAUACACCCUGGAUGAGUUGUUAGCCAUGUUACACCGAUUAAAGGUUCGAUCUGAGUCCUUUGAUUCCUGGGCCAACAGAGUAAAAGAGGCCCUUGAGCAGGAAGAAGGAAACAAGAUAGGAAUUAAUGACCUGGAGAUGCUGAAGACGGAAGCAGCGGAAAGAAAGUUUCCCGACAAUGAACUUCUCCGGAAACUCAACACUGUUCUUAAAGACAUCGAACACUGCCAAAGGACAAGCACUGAAUUCCUCAGUAACUCAAAGACCAGUGAAAGUAAGAUGACGUUGGCAGAGAUGAAAUCCUUGGUAGAGACGAUGCAAAACCUGCCAUGUGUGAUAACCCAGUUGGAGGAAGUGCAGGCGGUUCUGCGGACAGUGGAGGAUUUCCAGAGCCAGGCUCAAGCACUGGUCAAUGACAGGGACUGGAGGAGGGACUCUCCACCGCCUGAGCAGUUGCAGACUUUGUUGGAGCAGGGAGCCCAGCUGCCUGUUGUGGUCCCAGAGUGUAGUUUACUCCAGGGCCUAAAGGAGCAGGGCCACUGGCUGGCGGAGGUGAGGCGCACCCUAGGCACAGAGGGAGGGGAGAGGCAGGAGGUGACGUUGGAUGUGUUGAGGAACCUGAUGGAAGCAGGCUGCAACGUGCCCCAGAGUGUGUCUGUGGAGACGGCGAUGGCAGAGCUUCAGGAGCUGCUCACAAUUGCAGAACGCUGGGAGGAGAAGGCGCAAAUCUGCCUCGAACAAAGGCAGAAACAUCCUCUUUCUACCCUGGAGGCAAUAGUAAAUGAGGCCCAGCUUAUUCCAGUCAAACUGCCCAACAUUCUGGCUCUACAGGACUGUCUCACUCGAGCACGGGCCUGGGUAACAGACCUAGAGGAAAUCCAGAAUGGGGAGCAUUACCCAUGCCUGGAUGACCUAGAGGGCCUGGUGGCUAUUGGAAGGGACUUGCCAGUCUUCAUGGAGGAGCUAAGGCAGCUGGAACUGCAGGUAGCCAGUGCUCACUCCUGGAGGGACAAGGCCACCAAGACCUUCCUGAAGAAGAGCAGUCCGCACAGUCUGCUAGAGGUAUUAUGUCCAUGUGCAAAAAGGAGAGAGAGGCAAGAUGAGACCGAGGCACUGGAUGAGCCUUUAGAUGAUUCUGAUACCAACACUCUGGGCCUCUCUGCUCAGGAUCUGAGGGACCCUGCAGCUAUUGUGAUGGCAUUCAAAGAAGGGGAGCACCAGGAGAAGGAGGCACUACUGAGGUUACAGAAAUUAAACAUGUGUAAAUCUGGACUCAACACUGAAAGUUACAAGGAGGACAAGGAGAACGGGAGUUGGGACGACUCCAUGGAGACAGACACAUCCAGCCACUCAGAGAACUCUGUAAAAGAGAACGGUAACAGUAACCACACCUGCACCACCCCUUCUCAGUCGGUGUGUGUGUGCGGCGGUCAGCCCCGUGCCCCUCAACUCCGCUGCCAUCUGUGUAAGGACUGGUUCCAUGGUGGCUGUGUUCCUUUCCCCUCCGUGCUCCCCUCUUCUGGACCACCAGCGAACCCCCUCUGUUGGUGGGACUGGGACUCACGCUUCUUGUGUCCGCGAUGCCAGCGGUCACGGCGCCCUCGCCUGGAGACUAUCCUGGCGCUACUUGUUGCCCUGCAGAGACUGCCAGUGCGUCUGCCUGAGGGAGAAGCACUGCAGUGUCUCACAGAGAGGGCCAUUACCUGGCAGGGCCGAGCCAAGGAGGCACUGGAGACACCAGAGCUGCAGCAGGCACUUGAGAGGCUGCAAGAACUCAAAGAGACUCUCCAUUGUGAAACAGAGAAAAAGGAAGACAUGAAAAAAGGGGCAGGAAGGAGCCCAGUGAUUGUUUUAUCUGACUCCGAGGGAGGGGAAGGAGAGGAUGGAGUCAUUGAUCUGACAGACGAGAAUUCACCGAAAAAGAAUGCUAAAGAAAGCAACGGCACUCAGGCUGGAUGUGAAAAUGGCAUCAGCAAGAAGUCAAAUGUUACAGGUGUGGGGUUUCUGCUGCCCCUGCUGCCUUUGCUAAAAGGCCAGGUAGUGGAGCUUUCACCAGCCACCAGGGUCCAGCUCGAAGAGCUGCAGCUGGAAGGGGAUCUGCUGGAGGUUUCCCUGGACCAGACACUCCUCAUCCACAGAGUCCUGCAAGCUGCCUCUGUUCCAUGCAGAGACACAUUGCACACACUCAUUCAGAUUGAGCUUGAAGAGCAAAGGCGAACCAGCCGCGGACGAGCUAAAGACUCCAAAAGGAAGAGAAAGGGCCACAGAGGCGGCAGUGGGGAAGGGGCAGGAGAAAGGUCACUGGAUGCGUCAGAGUCAAAGAAAACCUGUCCUCUCAGCCACAGACCCUCUCCUCACUUACCUGUCCAGACCCAACAAGAGACUUUGUGAUAUAGUCGACGCUGGAGCUCUGUUUGAGUGGAAUAGUCGGAGGAAUUGAAGGGACAGAGCGUUCUGUGCCAGAAGACAGUGUCAAGUUAUAGAAAGAUGCAGGACAUCCCACCCUCUCAUACCCUACAUCCCUUCUCAUCCAGCAUUCAAACAUUCAGACACUAACAGAGUGAUGACUCUUCUACACUCCACUGUCUCAUCCAAAACUCAGCCAUAGCUCACCCAUCAUGGUUUCAGACUCGCCGUCUUACCCAAACUUUAUUGUCCACCUUCCCUGGACCCAUUUUUCCUGUUAACAUAUUAAGACUGUGUUGGACCGAUGUGGGACUUACCGCAAUAGGAGUGUCUUUGGUCUAGAGUUGUCUCUGAGUUCAGUCAGUAUGCUAUGUUAUCCCAACUGUAUUAAAUGCUAGUUCAGCCGAAGCCUGUCUGAGUACCGGCAGUUGCCGUUUCAUUUCACUUCAGCCCACUCACUGAAGUUGGAUAAGCUAUGGGUUUACUUAGACAGUUCUGCUUGGGCACGAAUCUUGAAGCUGAGGUACAGCAGAAGGUUUGACAGCUCAGCUUAGACAACAGCACCGUGGUUACACUUGUAUUUUUUUAGUUGUAUUGAAUCUUGUGUUUGAUGCUGUUUUGAGGGGACAUGCAUUUUGACUAAACUGAGUAAAUUUUGGGAAGUGUUAAAAACAGGCAUUAAUGUUUUUUGGUGCUACUUUCCCAAAAUGGAUAUCUGUACCUCUUGGCUUUCUCUUUCUCCUCCCUUCCCUUGCCCUCAAUGCCUUUUUUUUUCUUUUCUUUUUUUUUAAAGCACCCAUCCUUUUGACUUUGUUUUAUUCCUUUAAAUUUUACCUCUUUUCCUCCCUCCCCCCUCCUUCUCUUUGCAAAUUAAGGUAACUUCACUGUAACUCACUUUGUCACAAUUCAUUUUGUUUCCUGGGUUCAGAUUAUAUUAUUAUUAUAUUAUUGAUAUUGCAGACACGCAGUUGUCGUGAGUUUGUGUAUAAACUUUUCAUUUUAAUGUUGCCUUUGUUUCUUUUCACUCUUGUUAGAAAAAUAAAGGUUUAGAAUUGUUUAGGA